AAUUCAGAGAGUCAAGCGAGCAGAAAUCCCCACUGUUCUUCUUUCUUCUUCUUAUUCUUCUUGUGUGGCUUCUUAUUGGGGUUGAUAAUGGCCGCCUCAUUUGCUGCUCCCGCUCAGGGCUUGGUUCAUCGUCAAAAUCUGACGCUCGCAUUUUCCAAUUCCAACUUCAAUCGCACUCAACUUCAAUUCCAGGGGACACUUUCUGCAAAAUCACAACCCUUCUCCUUUUCUUCUCAAUUGAAGCUUCCUAAUGUUGCCUCCCCCACCAACGAUCACCGUUCCUCUUUUGUGCAAACCGCCGCCGUUCGCCACAUCGUCGGCUCUCUUGCCAAAGCUGGUGGCCUUCGCUUUGCUGUGGUUGUGGGGCGGUUCAACGAAAUUGUGACAAGGCCAAUGCUCGAGGGAGCUUUGUCUACAUUCAAAAGUUAUUCAGUGCAAGACGAGGAUGUUGAUGUUGUCUGGGUCCCGGGGAGCUUUGAUAUUCCUGUGGUUGCUGAAAGGCUUGGGCGAUCUGGGAAGUACCAUGCUGUCUUGUGCAUUGGAGCUGUGAUUAGAGGUGAUACAUCCCACUAUGAUGCCGUUGUAAACUCUUCUGCAUCUGGAGUACUUUCUGCCGGUUUGAAUUCAGGAGUUCCAUGUGUAUUUAGCGUCUUGACUUGUGACAACUUAGAACAGGCUUUCGAUCGAGCUGGUGGUAAAGCUGGAAACAAGGGUUCUGAGGGUGCUUUGACAGCUAUGGAGCUGGCGUCUAUGUUCGAGUACGACCUGAAGUAGUCGAGAAAUAAGAUCUAACAGUUUCCAUUAUCCUUAGUGUUGCGGUUUCUUGCAUUUCUCUGCUGUCUUUGGUAAUUGUAGAAUGCUUCAUCAAAAUGGAAAGAAGCCACAUGAUGUCUGGGACUGAAGUCAGCUGAAACUCCUCCAGAUGAAGGAGAGGAUUUCAUGAUUUCAAUUUUCAAAGUUUCUUUGCUCAGCGUUGUCUUUUAACUGUUUAUGUUAGAAUAAAGAUACAAGGAUGUUCAUUUGUGGCAUCGUGUGAUUCGUAAUGUACAAUGAACAAAGUUUAUAUUAAUGAAGAGCCCUUGUCAAUCA